AGCAAACGAAAAUGAUUGCCAUCUCACUCACACUUAGUCAUCGAGAUCCCGACCGCGCUCCAGGCUUAGUACCUAGCGAAUUUUAAUAUCAUUCCGGUUUACAAGAGCGUACGCGAGACAUUUGUAUACAAAGUUUUGUGUAAAUUGUGUACGAUUUCCCGACCAGUGUUUGUAUAUAAGCCCCGUAAAUAUACAAUAUUGUGUAUAUACAUACUGUUCCCAGUGUAUGUGUAUCAAAUAAAGAUCAGAUUGUUUAUAGUUUAUAUGAUUCCGAUGUAAAUGUUUUGAAGAAUGAUGAAAGAACAGCAGUUGGUCGAAGUUGGCGGCGUCAGCCAGUCAUCCGCAGUCGGUCUCAGUAUCCAGCAACAUCUAAGUCAGCUACAGCUCCACCAUCCUAGUGUGAUAUCGCUGAACGAGUCAGCGGCCAGUUCGAGCCAGCAACAGAGCCACAGCGCCAUCAGCAACAAUGUGUCGCCCGAAAGUUCCGCAUCUGGGGACCACGACCAGAAGCCCAGUUCAUCGGACAAGAAAAGUGGCAUCCGCAGACAGGAAAAGCCCCCGUACUCCUACAUUGCGUUGAUCGUAAUGGCCAUUCAGCAUUCGCCCACCAAACGUCUCACUCUCAGCGAGAUCUACUCAUUUCUCCAACAACGGUUCCCGUUCUUCAGAGGCAGCUACCAAGGCUGGAAGAACUCGGUGCGCCACAAUCUAUCGCUGAACGAAUGCUUCAUCAAGUUGCCCAAAGGUCUUGGCCGGCCGGGAAAGGGUCACUAUUGGACCAUAGACCCAGCCAGUGAGUUUAUGUUCGAAGAAGGCUCUUUCCGCAGACGACCAAGAGGUUUCCGGCGAAAAUGUCAAGCAAUGAAACCGCAGUAUCCCCAUCCAGGCAGCUUCUUCGCCAACAAUAUGACCUCAAUGGUAAAUCAGGCCACUGGCUACGAUCAUCAAGCGCUAGUGCAGUCGCAGGAUUACUCCACCUGCUCCUACAACACGCCGUCGCCUCAAGUGUCUUCGGUUUCCGGGGGUCAUUACGGCAAUUAUGACUAUCCAGCGGUUUAUCAGCAACAGUGCGACCGGGACUGGGGUUCGAACCAUAGCAUUCUGACCCCAUACGGCGACAGUGCUAUUUCCAGUAGCUAUCUGAAGGCGCCUCUGAGUCCCAUGCCGGAGAAUCAGGAGACUCCACCUCCUACUGUGGAUAACUACUACCAGUAUGGCGUUAUUUCCACCUCUACGGAGAACCGUAAGUUUUCAGUUGAUUUAUUUAAAAAAUUACCACAUUUGUCUGUAUAGGUACCAUGCUAUAAU